AGCUAAGUUCAUUACAAUGAUAUUAUAUCCGACAACAAAAUAGAAAAGGAAAAAAAAACCUAAGAGAGAAGGAAAGGCUCAUAGAAUGACGGUGUAUAGAGCUAGUAUACCCUAUCAUUUUCAACGACUUGACGUCCAAGCAACCCUUCUCAUAUUUUUGUAGAAAAACUCCACUAUUAUACGCUUUUCCAUACUUCUUUCUCUCUCCAAAAACCAGCUCAUAAACAAACCGCAGCAAAAUCAAAUUUCUUCCUCCAUUAAAAUCAUUUCCUUAUCUUUCAAACCCAUAUUUUACUUCUUUCAAUUUUCCCUCUUUUUUCUACUUUUACUUCAAAACUUCCCUUACAAAAAAAAAAAAAAAAAAAAAAAAACCACCCUUUAUAAAAAUCUGUUCUUUAAACUGCACUUUUUCUGGGUUUAUCUUCUACUUAAGUGGGUAGUUAUCAUCUUCUUCAAAAUUGCUUCAGUUUUUUUUCCUGAUUAAAAUUUUGAAGCAAAUAAAAAAGGGAUGAAAUGACAUGGUGCAACAUUAAUAACCCUUCUACUAGCAGUAAUAUUAAUAUUAAUAUCAACAACAAUGAUCAUACUAAUAUCCCAAUUAUUGAAAGUGGAAUAAACUCCAAAAUUAAUCCAAUUCAUACCAUUUCUUGUCCUUCAUGUGGUCAUCAUAUUCCUCUUCAAGACAAGGCAGGAGGAAUAAAUGAUUUACCUGGGUUACCAGCAGGAGUGAAGUUUGAUCCAACUGACCCAGAAAUUUUGGGACACUUAGAAGCUAAAGUAAAGUCUGAUUUUAGUAGAUUACAUCCUCUACUCGAUGAAUUUAUACCCACAAUUGAGGGUGAAAAUGGAAUUUGUUAUUCUCAUCCUGAGAAAUUACCAGGUGUGACCAAAGAUGGUGUAAUGCGACAUUUCUUUCACUGUCCAUCAAAGGCAUACACAACAGGAACAAGAAAGCGAAGGAAGGUGCACACGGAUGAAGACGGAGGCGAAACAAGAUGGCAUAAGACAGGCAAAACUCGGCCUAUACUUAUCAAUGGCUCAGUAAAGGGAUUCAAGAAGAUAUUGGUAUUGUACACUAACUAUGGAAGGCAAAGAAAGCCAGAAAAAACUAGCUGGGUAAUGCAUCAAUAUCACCUUGGUGAAAAUGAGGAAGAAAAAGAUGGUGAAUUUGUGCUUUCAAAGGUGUUCUACCAAACACAACCUAGACAAUGUGGUUCAACCAUCAAAGAAUUACCUCAAGAGAAAGUACAUCAUCCUCCAUUGAUGAAAACCCCCCUCAAUUAUUACCACCCAUCUUACCUAUCUUAUGAUCAUCAUCAUAAUCAUCAUUCUAAUGUUUUGGCUGACCAAAAUAGAGAAAGCCCACCUCAGUUGAUCCCUAAUUUGAUACUGCAAGGUGAUGGGUCGUCGUUGUUUUCGAUUGCUGCUCCUAGAAAAUAAUCAUGAGAACCUAUGUUGCUCAGACUCGGUACCCAUGUCCGACACGGGUACGUGUCCAAGUGUCCGACUCGGCUAUUUUUUUGGAAUUUUUUCUAUUUUUUAGCCCAAAACAAAUGUCGAAGUGUCCCACCCAUGUCCGAGUGUCGAGGAUUCGACACGGGUACUUGAGGUGAAAUGAAGAGUCCGAGCAACAUAAAUGAGAAUUGUACUUGGAAGUAAGGUACAUUACAUACAGACAUACAGUACUAUACAGAAGACUAGAACAAAUAAGGACUUUUUUUCUUUUGGUGCUAACGAGCGACUAAAUGCAGUGAUGUAGAUGGGAUACGAUACUAGGUCUUGGGCACGUACUAUCUCCACAAGAAUUCACCAUCUAAGCUAGAUGACAUCGAUCCACACAAAUAACGACUUAUUUGGUGAUGAAAAAGGUGGAUAUUAUUUGGUUGAAUAUUCAAGGAUUGUUGGAAAAUUGUUACUUUUCAUGGAGGAAUUUGUGCUGCAAGAGGCCAUGCAGGAAGAAGUAGAAAUCAUCUGUGCACCUGCUAUAUAUGUUGAUGCACUAUUAUCAAUUUACUGAUUAACACACUUUUUUUUUCUUCUUAGGAUUAGGAAGCAUGAGAUGGCAUUUAUUGGUUAAAGCUGUAUAGAUAUUAUAAAUUUUCAGUGUGCAUGGGAUCUGUAGGUUAUACUCAGAUUAGCAGGAUUGAUGAAAGAUCUUAGGUUAGUUCUUCUUUGUAGUAUUUUUUUUUUUUUCUUUUACACACUUCGAGGGGAAGUGAAUAUUCUACUAGUUCACACAAGGUUUUCUUGUGGGCCAAGAUGACAAAAGAGGGGCAUUUAUGCCAAAAGAGAAGAUUCAAAGUAGGCAAUUUUUUUUUUUUUAACAAAAAGUAUAUCCAAAUAAAGAAGGUGGGUGAGAUAAAAAAAUAUAAAUAUAUAUUAUUAUAAAGAGUGUAUUAUUUUGUUUGUUCAAUCUAUUAAUUGAACGUUUCGGGAAUAAAUAAAUGAUAUUAAUUUUUUCUGUA